UUUUUCGCCCGCCCAAAACCCUCACUCGGCUUCUCCUUCUCUACCAAGACCCUCGCCCUUCUGCUCCUCACCUGAUUUCGCCUGAAACCUGCCUCCUUAGCCCUAAACUCGGUUCAUUUUUAUUUGGCCGCCUCCUUUAUCAUUCAUUAUCGAAUGCUCUUCUGUCCUUAGGAUCGCACGCAAGGGUUCUUCCUCCUCCGAUCGUUUGAGCCGAGGAUCUUCUUCCUCGUUCAAUCGUGAGCCGUGAGGAGCUUUUCCUUCCUUCGAUCAUCCGAAACCGCUGGGAUUUUUCUUGUUCUGGUGCAUGUUUACUUUGCAAUUUUGUUCCCACUGGAUAUUGCAGCAGAAACAAUAUUCUGAUAUUAGUUUUUGGUUGAAGAUAUGAGGGAGAUUGUGACAAUUCAAGUUGGUGAAUUUGCCAAUUAUAUAGGGUCACAUUAUUGGAACUUUCAGGAUGAGUUGCUUGGGUUGGCUGAAGAACGUCUGGUCGAUUCCAUUUACAUGGGUUCAUCAUUGGACAUGGAUGUGCUUUAUCGAAGUGGUGAAACAUCACAGGGUAUUGUUACUUACUGCCCCCGCCUGCUAUCAGUAGGUUAUAAAGGAACACUUGGGUCCUUAAGUUCUUCUGGUUCAUUAUCCCCUCGAAUUUCGCUCCCUGAUACCUCAGAGAUUGUCACCUGGGCUGGCAAUGUAACCCAAUACUUAGCUGAACCUCGAGAAAAGAACUUUUUUCUGCAAAGUUUGUCUGAAGAAGAUGAUUCAAAUUUAAAUCCUAGUGCCACAGAUCUAGAAGGUAGCCAUUUCCACAGACAACUGACAGAUAAGGAUCGCAUUGGAUGCCUUGAGAAUGGAGUUCAGUAUUGGACAGACUUUUCUAAAGUUAAUUAUCAUCCUCAUAGCUUAUAUGAACUACAUGGUUUGUGGAACGAUGUUGAGAAAUUUGAUAACUAUGGAAUUGGAGAAGAUAUACUGUCAGCUGGUUUUCAGAGUGAAGAGAUGAAUGAAAGGCUAAGGUUCUUUAUUGAGGAAUGUGACCAAAUUCAGGGCAUCCAAUUUAUUGUUGAUGAUACUGGAAGUUUUUCAGCCAUUGCUGCUGGUUUCUUGGAGGAUAUCGCUGAUGAAUACUCAAAUACACCCGUAUUGCUCUAUUCUGCACGCAGUCCAUCUUCUUAUAAACUAGGAAAAAGCUUAAAGGAUUCUGUCGCAAGGGCUCUUCAUGAUGCUGUAUCAUUUUCAAGGCUUUCUUCUUGUUGUAAACUGAUGGUACCAGUUGGAUUGCCUUUUUUGAGUAGAAGUAAACUGUCAUCCACGCUAUUUAUUGAAGACCAGAAUCUCUUUCAUAGUAGUGCUAUUUAUGCUGCCUCAAUACACUCAAUUAGUAUUCCCUUUAGGAUGGAAUCACUGGGUGUGAAUUCAGAAUCACUGAAUAUUUCUGGUGCAACGGAUAUGGGUGGGAUGGUACAGUUUUUAGCGGGACAAGCUAGGCAAAAUAUGAUAACAAUUUUGGAUCUAGCAAUGCCCGCCCAAUCCUUGAAUGGUGAAAAUAAUCAGUCAACUAUCUUAAGGAGUUUGUGCUCUUUGACUCCUGAAAUUGAAGAAAGUAUUGAUGAUUUGCAUUCAAUAGAAUCCUUGAUUAUACAUGGUGUCCUUUCAGGUGGACGGAGGGCUUCAGUUUCUGAGGUUGAGGAGUAUAUUCACACUGAAUACCAGAACGAGCUCCAGAGACCAAUGUUCUAUCAUCUCACUGCUGCCUCUUGUCCUCUCCCUAUUCCUCUACCGUUUCCUUCAAUCUUCAAUAACCGUGUGGGACGACAAGGGGAGCUGUCUAAUGCUACACUCCAAGAAGCAGAACGAAGGGGUUCCCUGGAAGUAGACUCGGUUCCCAUGGCUGCUCGGCUUCGAUCCAGCAGCGCCGUCAAGCCCUUUAUAGAGAGAAGGCUGGGGAGUCUGCGCAGGUAUGGGUUGGAGAGAGGAGCGCUGGGUGUCGAGUUGCUCAGAAGCUGGGGAUUUGGUAAAGAGGAGGUGGAGGAUAUGGGAGAAACAUUGUGUAAGAUGAUGAUGUUGUUAGAUCCCAAUGCGUAUGCAGCAUCAUCAGAAUUUGAUUCAGAUUAACAUGCUCAUCAAAAUGUUGUAUAUUGGACAAUUCAGAAACCUGUCAAAUGUUUAAUUUUGCUUGGAAAUUCUGCUUGUGGGGGGAUAAAUGUAUAAUUAGAUACAUUUGCAACUGCCUUAAUAAUUAUACCUCUUAGAAAUUUGA